CAGUAUCGAGCAUCAUUUGACUAACGAUUGAGGAUACAGAUAGCGAAAGACUCAGGACGCUCCGCAGAAGCCGGCUGCGAAACUACUCGGAUUGACCACUGACGCGCCAAAGAAGCAUCGGAACAAUCCAACCUUUGUGCAGAGCAUUGAAGUUAGAAUCAGACUCCAAGUACCUAGCCAGAGAGUCGGGCAUCGACACUCCGGUGAGGACUAUACCACCAUCGCAGAAGGGUCGGAGAAGCUACGAAGUCCCACGAGGGGUAAGCUCAGAAGAUGGCAACCAUGACUACAACGGAGGAAUCCAACCCCCAAAUGUCGCCAUCCCACUGGACCGACGACCAAGAAUCAGCACUCCUCCAAGCUCUGGUUCGCUGGAAACCCGUCGGCAUGCACAAACACUUCCGCAUCAUCGCGAUCCGCGAACACCUGCUGUCCCAGGGUGUUAUCAACGCCGAAGACGCGCACACAACUAUCUCAGGCAUAUGGGCCAAACUCUCGUCGCUGUACGACUUGGCCAAACUCGACGAUCGUGAGGACUCUGUGGCCAACAUCUCGGACGAUCCAGCUAAAGGGAGUGCGUAUUUCAGGGACUUUGAGCUCCCACACGAAGACUUUGAAGACUUGAUGUGGCGGAAACGCCUGGCUCCCGACGGGACGCAGAGUCCGGAAUGGUCGAGACGGGGAAGUACGGUGGCGGAUACGGAUGAGCCAAGGUCGUCACCUAAUCCGGGUGGAGGGUCGACAAGGAGUUCGGUCAGAGGGACGGGCAGAACGACACGCCGGGCCGGGCGAUCUUCAAGGCUACAGAAUGAAAUCGAGACGGAAAGGAGCAGUAGACGAACGAGUAAGGCGAAUAGUGUCGCGGAUGAGGAUCAGACUAUGGACGACGCUGGCGAUGAGAACGAGGAAGAGCCGGCGACUGGUGAGGAAGAGGAGAGCGAGGAGGAUGAAGAACAAGAACCAGAAGAAAAGAAAGCGGGCUCUACGCGUGCUGGGCGUGGUGGAAGGAGAGGACGUGGGAGGAGAGGACGAAGGGGGAGAUGAUCUGUUCCACCUUCACCAUACGGAGUUACUUUCAUGAAAGUGAUCCUGGAUGAGCCGUUCUAUGUUCCAGUCGCCUUUCUCUCCGGACGGCCGCGCUCCUUAUCCGACGUUCGCUGCUUCUUGAAACAGCCGAAACUAUUCCUGCUUCCGUCGCGAAGCUUCUUAAGCACGAUCCGCAUGUCGCCGAGUUCCUGCUGCAGCCUUGUUCUAGCUUCAUUUGUCGUGCGCUUGUCCAGCUCGGUGUAUAUUUGACCCUGGAUCUCCCCAGCCUUGGAAGUGGCGUAAUGCGUCAUUGUCUGCGCUAUAAACUCGGUGUCUAGCGUGGCUUGCAUGAGAGCGGGCAGGGUAUAUGUGUUCGGCUUGCGCUCUUUGAAG